AUGGUCGAGGAUGAAGAAAGGUACAGAUAUCUGACACUGUAUGGCGCGACAUCUAUGGCAAGUCAUCCUAAUGGCCUCGCGUUUGACCAAAGAGAAAAUAAAGCCGUGAUGCAGAUGUCGAUACACGAUACUGACCUUAAGCUCAACGGACGCACACCAUGGUAUCCUCUCGAGGUGACUCUUUCCGCGUGGCUUGACAUGAUUGAUGUUGGGAAGAUAGAAGCGGAGGACGAUUCUGUUCACGGAGUCGAGGAGAAUGGACCUUGGAUAUGCAAUCAUCGGAACGAUCUCAUGGUGCAGGAGACAGCUGAUGUAUUCAAUGCUUUGGUGAACAGCAUGGAGACUCGGAUGCGAGAAGAAGGACUCCCAGUGCCAAAAACAUCGGAAUCCUUGCUCCCAGACUCUGUCUUGGAUGCGUCAGGAAUACCUCCCGAUUUUGCACGAUCAUUCGUUGCCAAAGCUCGACGCCCAGCAUUUACGCAUAUUGCGCCAGACCUCAGUGUUCCUACCACACAAUCGUUCGCACAGCAACCGUUCUAUCGUGGUCAUGAUCUUGAAACGGAGAGAAACUUCGACCAUACUUCGGGUGUGGAUCAAACCAAUACUUCUUUUCGCUUCCUCGAAUUCCUUUCAGCUCGCUGA